AUGUCACUUGGAGGUCUUGCAAGAUCCAAACUCCAUCGCCAGCCCAAGCGGUGUGGGCAUCGCCGUUUCCACCCGCCAAAAAAAAAAAACCCAGACAAACUCUCGCAUCUUGCCUUUCUUUGCUCCAUGAAUCCCCUCCGGCUUUCUUUGCAAAGGGCGCUUCGGCCAAGCCGGGCCUACUCGUCGCUCUCCGAGUUGCGCCUUGAAUUGAUCUCGAGGAAGCUUCCAUUGACUUACGACUAUCUCCAUCCACAGCCAUCGCAUCUGCUGAACUUGACCCUGCAUGAUUUCCUCCCGCCAUCACCAGAGCCCAGUACCGAAUUGACGACUCUUCCCUCGAUCAAAGACUCAUCUCCUCUGCCGGUCGGCCAUCACUUAAUCUACUUUCCGCCCCAAGUUCCCUUGUCUCAACUCCUCCCCGACGGCACUGAUAUAUUACAUACCCCCGGCGAGCCCUUCAACCGGCGUCUAUGGGCAGGAGGUAACGUAAGAUUUCCGGGUACCAGCCCUGCUUUGGAUGGAAGCCGCGCCGUAUGCAUCGAAUCGAUACGCAAUGUGCAAGUGAAGGGACGAGAUGGCGACGAGAAGGUGAUUGUCACCAUCGAACGGCGCGUUGGCAUCGUGCCCGAGGCAGAAGCGCCAGCCCACACCUGGGCGCGGAUCUGGCAGGACGAUGGAGAAAACCCGGGGGAGUCGUCGGUCAUUGAGAACCGGGAUUUGAUCUUCAUGCGAUCAAAGUCCCAGGAGCAGAUCCAGACCGAUCAGGCACAGUUUGCAAAGCCCAGUCGGAUUGUCAAACCUCCCUCCGAUGCUAUAUUUCGCCAUCUCGUCAUGCCCACCAAAUCACUGCUUUUUCGCUUUUCGGCGCUGACUUUUAAUGCCCAUUCCAUCCAUCUUGACAAGGGCUACACCCAGAAUCAGGAGGGAUAUCGAAACCUCUUGGUGCAUGGCCCGUUAACUCUGACGCUGCUUCUCCGUGUGUUGCAACAUCAUUUGAAUCCGCUGAACCUUGGAGUCGGCCAGGUCGAAUAUCGGAACUUAGCGCCUCUCUACGUGGAAGAGGAGUUGACCAUCUGCGGCAAGCCCAAGAGCGGCAGCGGAGCCUGGGAUGUGUGGAUUGAAGGCCCCGACGGCGGCCUCGCUGUUCGAGGCACUGCGCGUGCCCACGAUAUACCACGAUGA